AUGGACGGGAACAAGGGCAAGGCCUGCCAGCGCCCUGCGAGACCCGGGCGGCCAGCCUCGGAGGAGCAGGAGUCGGGGUCGGCCAGCGCAGACGGCGCUCCCAGCAGGGGACGCGGCCCCGGCCGCAGCAAGACCCGCAAGGCGAGAGCCCCCAAGGAGCCCGACCCCGCCGGGGGCCACAGGACGCCCCCCGAGGAGGGGGACAGCAGCUGCGGGCGGCCAGCGGGUGGGCCGCCCCCAGAAGCGCAGGACAGGCGAGGCAGCGGGCGUCGGGGUCGCGGGCCAGGGGAGAGCCGUGGGGGGCGCCAGGCGGUGGAGGUGGAGGAAGAGGAGGAAGAUGGCCUCCGAGGAGCGCCGCGGAGAGGCAAGCGCACCCGCCGCAGGAGGAAAGGCACCGGGCGGGGACCUUCUGCCCGUCGGGGCCGCCCAGAGACCCGGAGCCUGGAUGGGCACACGUCGGGCGGGGACGCGGGCAGCUCCUGCCCGGACAGCGGCAGCCAGGGAGGCAGGGCCUCGGAGAGGCGGCCUGGGUCGGAGCCGACGGACUCCGAGGGGGCCCAACUCGGGCGGGGGUUAGGGCCGCAGCCGGGGCAGCGCCCGGGCAGCGACGAGCGGAGCGGCGGGAAGGGACGGCCGCGGGCGCGACCCCAGGGAGCGAGCGGGGAUUCCGGGACAGGCACCGACUCCAACCAGGACGGGGCCGCCCCGGGAACGCCGAGCCCGGCCUCUGAGGCCCAGGAGGCCGCCAGCUCCCCGGAGGGCAACGGCGGGUGCGUCCCCAGCGGCUCGCGGGCCCCUGGGGCCCCUGGGCCGGCGCAAGACCCCAGCGACGACGGGGCGCAGCCCGAGACGGGGCCACAGGACCCCGAGCCGGCAGGAGCCGAGGAGCCGACGGCCGGGGCGCAGCACCGCCGGGAGGGCAAGGAGGUGGCGGCGGAGGGCGAGCCCCAGGCGGUCGCUGCGCGGGGGGACCGGCCGGGGGUCGCAGCGCCGCUGGCCGCCGUCGCGGUGCUCCGCAGGCUCCGCGCGAGGUCCCCGCCCAGCCCCGCUCCCCAGGCCGCGGGUCCGCGCCGCGCCAGCCUCAAGGAGCGGGUGCUGCGCGUGGUGCGCGCUCUGGGACUCGUGCGGUGGCUGCGGCGACGACUCCCGCGGGCCGCGGGCGAGGGCGCCGUUUGGCUCUGCUGCCUGGAGGGUCUCACGCGGCUGGGGGCGGCGCCCCGGACGCCCCCCGGCGGCGGCUCGAGCUCCCCACAGGAGGCCCACGGCGAGGACCCGACUCCGGACCCCAAGUUCGCUGUGGUGUUCCCCAGAAUCCACGGGGCGGGGGAGGCGACGAGCAGCCGGAGCUGCCCAGAAGCGCCCGGGGACGCCGACCGCGGGCAGGACUGGCCGUCCGCAGGGGCUGCGGGGGACAGUGGGGAGGGGGCGACUGGCCCCCGCCGCGACUCUCUCCUCGCCUCGACUCCCCGCAGCGGGUCCCCCGUCGACGCGGGCGGCGCCAGCAGCGAGACUGCGGUGCACUGGGCGCGGGGCGCGGGGCCCCGCCAGGACCCGGGUCUCGGCCCGGACCCGCUGCUGCCCCGGCUCACUUUGGAGACGCGCCUGCGCGGGGAGAGGAGCGCGGGGUCCCGCGGGCCGCCCAGGGGGCGGUGGGAGCCGGAGGACGAGGCCGAGGCGGCGCUGGAGAGGAGCCUGGAGCUGAGUCUCGGGCAGGGCCCAGAGGGCCUGGAGGACACCGAGGACCUGGCCCGGCUCCGGCUGGUGUGCGACAGCUCCGUGCUUCUGUGCCUCAAGAAGAGGUUCCACCUGGGCCGCAUCUACACCUUUGGGGGGCCCCUGCUGCUGGCUCUGAACCCCCGCCGGCCCCUGCCUCUCUUCUCACCUGAGGUCCUGGCCAGCUACCACCCCAGGAAGACACCCAACACUGCCCCACACGUCUUUGCCGUGGCGGCAGCAGCCUACCGCCUGUCUCAGAACCCUGGCCAGGACCCCUGCAUCCUCCUGGUGGGGCACAGCGGCUCCGGAAAGACGGAAGCCGCCAAGAAGAUGGUGCAGUUCCUAAGCGGCCUGGGGCAGGAGCAGACGAGGGACGGGGCGUCCCAGCUAAGCCAGGUGCUGCCCGUGCUCAGCAGCUUCGGCCACGCCAAGACCGUCCUCAACGCCAAUGCCAGCCGCUUCGGCCAAGUCCUGCGGCUCUGCCUGCGGGACGGGGUCGUCGUGGGCGCGUCUGUGUCACACUAUCUGCUCGAGACCUCCCGGGUGGCGUUUCAGGCCCAGGCCGAGCGGAGCUUCCAUGUGUUCUAUGAGCUGCUGUCAGGGCUGGACCACACGGCCCGGGAGCGGCUUUCCCUGCAGGCACCGGAAACCUACUACUUCCUCAACCAGGGCCGGGCGUGCAGGCUUCGGGGCAAGGAGGACGCCCAAGACUUCACAGCGCUGGCCAGGGCCCUGCAGCUUUUGGGCCUGAGCCCCGAGGAGCUGGCCGCCGUCUGGGCCGUGCUGGCCGCCACCCUGCACCUGGGCAACAUCUGUUUCUGCUCCUCCGAGAGGGAGUCCCAGGAGGUGGCCGCUGUGGCCAGCUGGGCCGAGAUCCACACGGCAGCCCGGCUGCUGCAGGUGCCGCCAGAGCACCUGGAGGGGGCUGUCACCAGGAGGGUCGUGGUAAGCUGCAGGUCCUGGCUGGGGGCAGGAGGGGGAGCAGGGGCAGGGCUUGGACCACCUGCAGGCCGGGCACACACCGGCACCUUCUCUGGCCUCCAGGAAACAGCCUACGGCCAGGUCUCAAGAUCCCUGCCCGUGGAAAGCGCCAUGGAGGCCAGGGACGCCCUGGCCAAGGACCUGUACUCGCGGCUCUUCCGCUGGCUGCUGCGGAGGGCGAAUGCGUGGCUGGCAGCCCCCGGGGACAGAGGCCGCCUGCGCACCAUCACUGUCGUGGACGCCUAUGGCUUUGAGGCCCUGCGGGUGAACGGCCUGGAGCAGCUGUGCAACAACCUGGCCAGCGAGCGCCUGCAGCUCUUCUCCAGCCGGAAGCUGCUGGCCCAGGAGGAGGAGGAGUGUCAGCGGGAGCUGCUGCCAUGGGUGCCCGUCGCUCAGCCACCAAGGGAGUCCUGCGUGGACCUCCUGGUGGGCCAGCCCCACAGCCUCCUGACUGUCCUGGACGCCCAGACAUGGCUGUCCCAGGCCACGGACCACACCUUCCUCCAGAAGUGCCACUACCACCACAGCAGUCACCCCGGCUAUGCCAAGCCCCAGCUGCCUCUGCCCGUCUUCACCGUGCGCCAUCACGCCGGGAGUGUCACCUACCAGGUUCACAAAUUUCUACACAGAAACCGGGACCACCUGGACCCGGCCGUGAGGGACGUCCUCGCCCGCAGCCAGCUGCAGCUGGUGGGCAGCCUCUUCCAGGAAGCGGAGCCCCAGGCGGAGGGCGGAGCAGGCAAACCCACGCUGGCCUCGCGCUUCCGCCAGUCCCUGGGGACCCUGCUGGCUGAGCUGGGCAGGAGCCACAUCUAUGUCGUCCAGUGCCUCGACCCCAACCCCGGAAAGAUCCCGGGCCUCUUUGAUGUGUGCCAUGUGGCAGAGCAGCUGCGCCAGGCGGCCAUCCUGGAGGCCGUGGGCACCCGCAGCGCCCACUUCCCCGUGCGGGUGCCCUUCCAGGUCUUCCUGGCCAGGUUCCGGGCCCUGGGGACCUGGGGGCAGGAGGAAGCCCCUGACCGGGAGAGGUGUGGCACCAUCCUGAGCCAGGUGCUGGGGGCCGAGUCCCCGCUCUGUCACCUCGGAACCACCCAGGUUCUGCUGCAGGAGGAGGGCUGGCAGCUGCUGCAGCGUCUCAGGACCCAGCGGCGCUCCCAGGCCCUGCACGCCCUGCGCCGCAGACUCCGUGCCUGCGUGUCCCGCCAGCGGCUCCGCCUCCUGCUCCGGACGCAGGCUUGCGUGCGUGGGCUCCAGGCCAGGAAGCGCUACCUGCGGCGGCGGGCAGCCCUGGGACGCCUGCACUCCCUCCUGCUGCUGGCGCGGCCCCUGCUCCGGAGACGGAGACGCCAGAGGCUGCAGCUUGGACACUGGAGUGGCCGGCACAGCGGCCAGGACUCUGGGGAAAUGCUGAGCGAGGAGCUAGGGCGGCUGGAGAUCCCGGCUGAGCUGGCCGCCACCCUGAGGACAGCGAAAGGCCACCUGGCCGGCCUGGCCGGGAGCAUCACGGAGUGCCUGCCGCCUGAAGUCCCUGCCCGGCCCCGCCUGGCCCUCCCGCCGGACAUCGACCAGUUCCCCUUCUCCAGCUUCAUCGCCACCAGUUUUCAGGAGCCGUCCCUGCCCAGCCCAGGGCAGCCACUGGCCAGGCCCCUGACCCGCCUGGAUGCUGAGAACUCUGAGCCGGCCCUGGACAUCAACAGGGUGAUGCUGCGGCUACUGGGGGACGGAUCCCUGCCCCCCUGGCAGGAGCAGGCCAUGGGCUUGUACCUGGUGCGGCAGGGCCAGCGCUGCCCAGGGCUCCGGGAUGAGCUCUUCAGCCAGCUGGUGGCCCAGCUCUGGCACAACCCAGACGAGCAGCAAAGCCAGCGAGGCUGGGCCCUCAUGGCUGUCCUGCUCAGUGCCUUCCCCCCGACGCCUGCCCUGCAGAAACCGCUGCUCAAGUUCGUGUCUGACCAGGCCCCCCAGGGCAUGGCGGCGCUGUGUCAGCACAAGCUCCUGGGGGCCCUGGAGCAGACGCCGCUGGCCCCCGGGGCCGCACGGGCCCAUCCCCCUACCCAGCUCGAGUGGACGGCCGGAUGGCGGCGGGGCCGCAUGGCGCUGGACGUGUUCACCUUCAGUGAGGAGAGCUACUCAGCCGAGGUGGAGUCCUGGACCACAGGGGAGCAACUGGCUGGGUGGAUCCUGCAGAACAGAGGCCUGGAGGCGCCCCCUCGUGGCUGGUCUGUGUCACUGCACUCUGGGGACACCUGGCAGGACCUGGCUGGCUGCGACAUUGUGCUGGACCUCAUCGGCCAGACCGAGGACCUGGGGGACCCAGCCCAACCCCAAGGCUACCCCAUAACCCCCCUUGGCCUAGCCGAGGACAUCCCCCCUGCCCCUGGUGUCCAGGCCCCCACACUGCCCCCAGGCCUCCCUCCAGGUCCAGCUCCAACACUGCCCGGCACGGGACACGCAGGGGAGGCCCGGACGCCGGGGAGCCUGGAGGGCUUUCUGGACCACCUCUUCGAGCCGGUCUUCUCCCCGGGAGGCAGCGACCUGGAGCAAGGCUGGGCUCUGAGCGGCCGCAUGAAGGGAGGGGGUGGCAUCGGGACCCCGCAGCAAGCCUACCCCUUCGUGUACCCAGGGGUGGUGCAGAUGCCUGGGUACCAGCCGGCCAUGAUACCUGCACCCUUGUCCAUGAUGCCAGCGAUGGGCACAGUCCCCACCAUGCCAGCCAUGAUGGUGCCGCCACAGCCGCAGCCGCUGCUCCCCAGCCUGGACACGAGGCAGCUGGCGCAGCAGCAGCAGACCUUCAUCAACCAGCAGGCGAUGCUCUUGGCCCAGCAGAUGACCACGCAGGCCAUGAGCCUGUCCCUGGAGCAGCAGGCCCAACAGCGCCAGCGCCAGGCGCAGGCCUCCAGGGACGCCGCCCAGGACCCACCCCCCGCCGUCACCCCAAAGCCCAAGAAGCCCCCUACUCCCCGGGUGGAGCCAAAGCGGGAUCCGGAGCCCAUGGGCGCCAGCUUGAGGGACGAGGACUCGGAAGACUCCCCGGACGGGCCCCUGUACCCCAAGAGCUUCCAGCAGAAGCGGGACUAUUUCCAGAAGAUGGGGCAAGAGCAAAUCAGGGUGAAAACCAUGAAGCCUCCAGCCAAGAUCCGGAUCCCACAGCAGGAGGAGGAGGAGGAGGAAGGGGAGGAGGAGAAAGGAGAGGACGUGGGAGCAGUGCCGGCCCCUCCUCCUCCCCCAGGAGGGAAGGAGCCCCUGCAACGAGGCAGGGACAAAGCUGCCAACGAGGCCGAGCCAGAGCCGGAGGAGAAGGCGGGGCCGGCCCCCCCUCGUCCCCCAGGAGGGAAGGAGCCCCUGCAACGAGGCAGGGACAAAGCUGCCAACGAGGCCGAGCCAAAGCCAGAGGAGAAGGCGGGGCCGGCCCAGGGCAGGAGGCCCACGGUGCGCAACUUGAACGGCACGUCCCAGCGGCCAGAACCUAGCAGGGAAAUCCGCAACAUCAUCCGGAUGUACCAGAGCCGCCCGGGGCCGGUGCCUGUGCCCGUACAGCCAUCCAGGACCCCCAAAGCCUUCUGGAAGAAAAACGACCCCAAGGACGAGGCUCUGGCCAAACUGGGGAUCAACGGUACCCACUCCCCCCCCUCGACGCUGUCCCCCAGCCUAGGGAAGGCGCCCCCACCGGCUGUGGCUCCACGGCCCAAGGAUGCCCCCCGGCCCGGGCCCUCCAGCUCCAUCCGGGAGAAGCAGGAGCCCCUCCGGGACCUGUUCAGCCAUACCCUGCCCGCUGCCCAGGCACUCCCUCCUCCACCGGCACCCCCCUUGCCUCCACCUGUGGACCCCGGGACCCCAGCGGCAGAGCCUCAUGUCACCUCGCCUGAGGGCCCGCACCCCUCCCACCCCCGCCCCCGCGACUUGCCGGAGCCCAUGAGGGACCAGGGGUUCUCCACCCGGCUGCUGGUGCCUUCCGGCAGCGUGUGCUUCUCCUACGCCAGCGCCCCCUGGAGGCUGUUCCUGCGCAAGGAGGUGUUUUACCCCCGGGAGGCCUUCAGCCACCCCUACGGCCUCAAACUCCUCUGUGAGCAGAUCCUGCGGGACACCUUUGCCGAGUCCUGCACCCGAAUCUCCCAGGAGGAGCGGUCCAAGAUGAAGGACCUGCUGGGACACUUGGAGGUGGGUCUGGACUCCCUCAGCACCGCCGAAGACAGCGUCAGGAAGCGCAUCGUGGUGGCCGCCCGGGACAACUGGGCCAAUUACUUCUCCCGCAUCUUCCCCGUCUCGGGUGGGAACGGCAGCGACGUGCAGCUGCUGGGCGUGUCCCACCGGGGGCUGAGGCUGCUCAAAGUGACCCAAGGCCCCAGCUUCCGCCUGGACCAGCUGAAGACACUCUGCUCCUAUAGCUUUGCCGAGGUGCUGGGCGUGGAGUGCCGGGGCGGCUCCAGCCUGGAGCUGUCGCUGAAGAGUGAGCAGCUGGUGCUGCGCUCGGCCCGGGCCAAGGCCAUCAAGGCCAUGGUGGAGCUAUUCCUGAGUGAACUCAAGAAGGACUCUGGCUAUGUCGUCGCCCUGCGUAGCUACAUCACCGAUGACAGCAGCCUGCUCAGCUUCCACCGCGGGGACCUCAUCAAGCUGUUGCCGGUGGCCACUCUGGAACCGGGCUGGCAGUUUGGCUCCACCAAGGGCCGCUCUGGGCUUUUCCCUGCUGACCUGGUACAGCCGGCUGCGGCGCCUGACUUCUCCUUCUCGGAGCAGGGGAGCAGCCGCUGGCGCAAGAGCCAGCUGCCGCUGGGGGAGCCGGGGCUGGCGCAGUGGAGCAGGGUCUCGGAGCGCCCUGCACAUCGCCGGAGCCAGGCAUUCAGCGACGACUCGGAGGCCACCAGCCUGCCCUCCUCUGUGGCCUACUCUUCCCUGUCCGCUGACCCCCACAACUACACCAUGCAGGAAUUCGCCCUGCGUUACUUCCGGAAGCCGCAGACCCCGCUGGACCUGACAGGUGAGGGGAAGGCCAGAGCCAGCCUGGUGCAGUACACCAAGGUGCCCAUCCAGGAGUCACUCAUCAGCUUUAAGGACGAGGACACGAGCAGGCAAGCCGUGGCAAGCUUCCAGGCUCUGAUGCAGUUUAUGGGGGACCAGUCUAAGCGCCGGGGCAAGGACGCGGUGAACCUGCUCUAUGAGCUGCUGAAGUUGUCCGGUGAGGAGAACCUCAGGGAUGAGAUUUACUGCCAGGCCAUCAAGCAGGUCACAGGACACCCCCGGCCGGAGCGCUGCGCGCGAGGCUGGAGCUUCCUCAGCCUCCUCACGGGCUUCUUCCCGCCGUCCACCACGCUGAUGCCCUACGUGACCAAGUUCCUGCAGGAUUCGGGCCCUGGCCAAGAGCUGGCCCGGAGCAGCCAGAAGAACCUGCAGCGCACAGUCAAAUACGGCGGUCGCCGGCGCCUGCCCCCUCCGAGUGAAAUGAAGGCUUUCCUGAAGGGACAGGUGGCCCGCCUGCUUCUCAUUCACCUGCCUGGGAAUGUGGAUUACAAGACGAACAUCGAGACGUUCACGGUGGCAGCGGAAGUGCUGGAGGAGCUGUGCGGGCAGAUGGGCAUCAGUGACCCCCAGGAACUGCAGGAGUUUGCCCUCUUCCUCAUCAAAGGGGAAGGCGAGCUGGUGCGGCCCCUCUGGCCCCAUGAGUACCUCAACAGCGUGCUGGUGCACCAGAAAGUGAGCCUGCACAGCCGGCGGCUUGGCUGGGAGACCCCACUGCACUUCGAUAACUCCACCUACAUCAGCACCCACUUCAGCCAGGUGCUGCGGGACUACCUCCAGGGGAAACUGAUGGUCAGCGCCCAGGCGGACGCCCAGCUGGCCAGGCUGGCUGCCUUCCAGCACCUUGGCAAGGCUGACAAGAACCCCCCGUCAGAGCAGGAACUGCUGACCUACAUCCCGAAGCUGCUGCACUGGCAGGUGGACGUGGCCGCUGUGAGGAGUCUGAUGGGGCAGGAGCUGCAGAAGCUGCAAGGACACAGCUCGCAAGAAGCCCAGAUCAGCUUCAUCAAGGCCACGAGCCAGCUGCCCCUCUUCGGCCACACUGUCUACGUGGUGCAGCGAGUGAGCAACCUGGCCCUCCCCGGACCUGCCCUUCUGGGGCUCAACCGCCAGCACCUCCUCCUGCUGGACCCCGGCUCCCAGAAAACGUGUGGCUCCAUCGACCUGAAGGACCUGCAGCAGCUGCACCUGCUGAGCCCACUGGAGCCGGGGGGCCCUCCCGGUCUGGAGAUCAACUACGGCUCGGCUGACAGCCCUCAGUCCAUGUGGCUUGAGCUGCCGCAGGCCCAGGAGCUGCUGUACACCAUCGUCUUCCUGCUGGACAGCAGCCUGCCCGUGGCCCAGUGGCCAGGUCUCCAUUGAGGGUGGGGCGUGGGGAGAUGGAUUAGAGGCUGUCCGCGGCCCGAGUCCCCCAGGUCAUUCUGCUUGGAUUUCACACCUGGCUGUGUUCUGGAAUCCAGCAGGCCUAAGUGGACACCACUAGGUGGGGGCUGUUAGACAGAGAGGAGCCAGGCUCCCCCAGGGGUGGGCUCCAGGUCUGGGAGAUGCCUGCCAGGUCCCAGGCCCCGCCCAGGCCCCCAGGGAGCAGGAGCCCGGGUUUGGGGCACAUGGCUACUGAGGAAAUAAAACGCUCGAGGAAAA